AUGACUCACAUUCCUUUCAACGAUGAUGAUGAUGAUUAUGAUGCCUACCGAUCUGAACUGCCUGUUCUAUGGGAACGGACUCCCUCGUAUGCCCCCACCCCUGGUCACCCAGACCGCGAAUGGACGCCAUCACAUAGUUUUGAUCCUGUGGUUGAACGUGCAGAUGGAAGUGCAUGGGAUGAACAAUCUCCGGACGGUACUAGUGUUGAUUGGACAGCGGUGGAGAAACAGCUGCUAGCGUGGGCCUAUCUAUUCCGUCGUGGCAAAAAGAUCCGGCUACAGAUAUCGAUCAACUACAUAGACGACAGUGGACCUCUUCCUUCUAGAACGGACAAGCGAGGAAAGUCAUCGGUAACCACACGGAUGCUCGCUAACCGAGACGCUCGGAUUGACGCCGAGCAGGUCUCCGGCCAAUAUUCCGUCUGGCGCGAUGUGUAUCGUGUUAUGCGAUGUCCCGGGCCUCCAUGUCGUCACGAAGGACAAUACUGCUGGCAAGAUCCAGAGGGAAAAAAGCACCAUAGAUUGAAGACACACCAUCUGAAGGCCUCUGUUCGCGAGCAGCUCCAUGCCGAGGAGAACCAGCGACUGGACAAAAAAAAGAAAGCUGCGUACAACUCUACGACAGGUUCAGUGUGUCCUCCAAUCAAUAUCAAUGUCCUCCCGGCUGGAUCAUCUCAACAAUUGAUACAGCCUCCUUCUAAUGAUGCUAUGCCCACCGGGCCCGGCUGUAUUGAACCAAUCAUAAUCGACGGCCUGCUAGAUGUCGCUGUGGCCGAGUAUACUGAAUGGCAGCAAUCGCGGGUGAGCAACGAGGCUUUCAGGGAGAACAUCAACAAAGCACGCGAUGUGACCCUCGAAAAUUGUCUCGACCUCAUGCAGUUUUAUGAGGAUCAAGACCCAGGUUUCUUCGUUAAGCACGGCGUGAAAGUAGGUGCCGCCAGGCGGUUCGUUCACGACAUCGGCAUUUGGGUGAAACGACGCAAAGAAGUCACUUGCAACGAAAAUAUCCAUUUAGCUUAG